CUGCGUGUCACGUGACGUUAUUGUUGUCUGUCUGCCUAGAUACACAGCCGCAUUCAACUCGCUCUCGUUAUUUUGUCAGUCUAUAUUUCUCCCACGAUGCCAGGACAGACUGUACAGGUCGUGUUUCAACUCUACAACCUGCCUCCUGGGAUAGAGGCCAUGAUGAGUGCCGACAGUCGGGUUAAAAUCGGGGUUCUGGGUUCGAUCCCCGAACUUGGCUCAUGGAACAUCCCGCAGAUGCUGACUGCCGGGCCGUCGGAGACAGAACAGGACGUGUGGAAGGUGAAGAGUUAUCUGCCCAUAUCGGCCACCUUCAAGUGGUCGUGGCUGGUGACAACGCAUGAUGCACAGGUUUUGUACUGGGACCCAGCAAGAAACAGACAGACAAGUCUGAACUUCUUCAGCGGCACCAUGAAGGUCCGAUGGGGUUUUAAACACACCCAGUUCAUCUCCCGCAUAUGCCGAGCUGACAUCCGCACGCACUACCAGUGUCAGCCAGGAGAGGUGUUGGCUGUGGCGGGUUCUGAGGCCUGUCUGGGGUCCUGGGAACCAAAGAAGGCCAUCCGCGCCAGAGAAUACCCGUCGAAGUCUGGAUACUGGGUUGCCCACACUGUCCUGGAUUGUUCUGUCAACUACCACUGGAAGUGGGUUGUUCUGAUGAGGAGACUGGAGCCGUCAGACGCUGGGAGGAGCGCUGGAACCGCCAUCUGAAGACCAACUGUGAGGAUCUGGUGAUGGACGCCAGAUGGAACUGCGAGUCCUUCAUCCAACACCGGACCCCUGUGUCGCGGUACAGAGACGUGGACAUGACCAAAGUGAACAUCCCCAACUACAGUCUGAUGACGUGUAAUGCUGCUCAGGAUGUUGCAGCGAAAUGGAUCGCAAAUGCUCAGCUGGAAAACAAAUACUUUGCAGUUACCGAGCGAGAAGAGGCUGCCAUGGCCAAGCCGGCUCAAGCACCUUCAAGCCAUGGAACAAAGAAAUCAACAUGGCGCUCUCUGUUCAGCCGACUUCCGGCCCUGGUACCGUUCGUGGGCUUUGUGAUGAUCGGGGCAACAGAGUGGGCUGCAAACAUGAUAUAGAGUUAAGGGGAUGUGGGGAUGGGGUAGGGAUGGGGGAAUGGUGGAUGGGGUGGGGGUGACGGGCAGGCGUGAUGAGGAGGAAGAUGUUCAACAUCCGUGCUCCCAUUGCGCCCAGGUCAAGCAGACUUUCAAGAGUGAUCCCACAGCCAAAUGGGGAACAGAUGGCAAACCUAUUAACAUUAUUUAUCAUAGCAGCGGUUGUUAUAAAUGCUCAUUGCGAAAUUGAAUGUAAAAACAAAAACAGAAACAAAAACGGAAACACGAAAAACAACGUUUUUUGUAUAAACAUAAAUAAUUUAUAUAAUCCAAACAACA